CGACACUGUCAUUUUCAAAGUAUCGUUGAAAGAUUUAUCGGCAUAUUUCAAUUGUAUGGUGUGGAAUUACUGCAAAAUAUUUGUAUAAAUUAUUAUACAUAGAAAUCGGAAUAGGGAAAUACGUUUAAGCGACAUCUGACAUAUACAAAUAUGUAACUAUUCUAUACUCGCUACUUUGUUAAUCAAAACUCUGUGACGUCACACUGAAUUGUACACCACCUUCUCAAGCAUGCUGCAUUUGUUUUGUUUUGAUUGAGAGAAGAAAUACCGGUGUUUUUGUCAGUUAAUCGAUUAUAUUAUGAGCAUUAAGAUAUAUCUACCGCUCAACUAUUAUUACAUCAAAAAGCCAACUAAUUUGUACGGGCAAGUGCAGAUAAAUGAAGAUAAUGUCGUAUCGUAUUACGUGCUGGAAGCAUCAGAUUUGGAGUUCAGUGACAAGGCCAUAAAUCAUGAAAAGGGCAAUCUGCGUUUCCUGGGCUCUAUUCUCAACGAGGAUUUCAAUGCGGACCAGAACCAAUUUCUUAAGUUCAAUAUGCGAUUGUGCUUCACCUACAAUAGCAGUCAGGCGAAUAUAACACUGGUUUACCUAGGCAUUACGCCCGAAUAUCUGAAGCACAUUAAAGUGAUUCUCUACGACAAGCAAAUGGUACGAAAUCUUUUCGUAUCUGGUGAAUCUGGAAAAAGCCGAUCCUUGGAAUACAAUGAUCUUGAUAGCACCGAUUGCGACUUUCUGGAGCUCUCUAGACUGAAUCAACCCACUGCUGAGAACCAAAACAAGCCAAACAAUAGUGCCAACAGGAGUAUACAACAUGGCUUAACACUCAUUGCCGAUUCUCCAAUUAAGAUAUUCGAAUAUAUGGCAGAAAAUGUAUUUAUCAACAGAGUUAUGGUUCACUCAACUAUUUAUAAGCAUUUCAAGGAAUGGCAGACUGCAUGUGAUAAACGAUCUCGACCGGCUAAUAUAGUACUUGAUAGAAUACUGGGGAUUAUACUGAUGCUAAUACUAUUUUCGCUUGCCACACAGCCUGGUGAUUUUCUAAUACAAAUAUCUCAUUACGUCAUUGACGAAUUGUACGGCCUGUUGAAAGUAUUAGAGGGCAGUCCCAUUGGCCUCAAGCUGAAUAUACAUUUAAAUAAUUUCUUUCUCGACUGCUUCAAAUAUCAUAUUGAGCUGUGGUCAACAUUUUUGGAUUUCAUUGAACCUUUAGUACGACAAGUUUUCUUGGCCAUUGGCAUGAUUGGAUGCUUGGGCUUUACAUUCCAGAUAGCCUUACUAGUGGACUUAAUAUCCGUUAUUGGCUUACAUUCACAUUGCUUCUAUAUUUAUACCAAAGUCCUCUACAAUGUGGAAAGAAGAGGUCUUUCUGUCCUAUGGCAAGUGGUUCGAGGCAAUCGUUACAACAUUUUAAAAGGUCGCACUGAGUCCCACAACUAUAUGAAUCGGCAAUUAUAUCUAGCUACCAUAUUUUUCUCGGCUAUUCUGUUUUUGUUACCCACCACCCUUGUCUACUAUAUAGUUUUUGCUGCUCUGAAGGCGCUCACAUUUGCCACUCUAAGUGUCUUUGAUUUUUUGCGAAGAAAACUGAUGUAUCUGCCGAUUGAAGUCUGUAUAAAGCGGUUAUUAAGAGGGUGUCAUGAAAUAGAUUGUAUUCAAAUCAAAGAUGUUUCACAUCACGAAAGGGCUUUCCUGAUGCACAAACAGCAGAAAAUCAACGUGACAGUGUAUAAAAUUACAACUUUAUAAUCCUUGCCAUAUAUAGAAUAUAUUUAGAAGUAAACAUGAGAUGUUUCAAAAGUACAUUUACAUUUUAUUUAUUGUAACUUCAUUUGUUCAUUUGAUGAUUUUUAUUAUUAUUAUUAAUACAAGACAAAAUAGAAAAUAAUAGAAAUUGUGGUUUUUGUGUUUCGAUAAAUUUGUGUUCGUGGGAGAAUCUAAUUAUCGAUAACAAUUUUCAAUCAGUGUUCAAGGUCCAUAAUAUUCUAAAACUUAUACCAAUUAUUUUUAAACCCUUCCAAAUGUUUGAUUUUUCUGGCUACUCGUUUUUUUUAAAACUUAUUUCUCAUUUUUAAAAGCAUGUUAUAUUAGACAUCUGUUUUUUUUUAUAUACCGAUAUUACGUUUGUUCCAUUCCACACAUACCAAAGUAGGCAUUGUGUCACCACCUAUGCUGUGUACGUAUAAUACGUUUAUCUGCUUUGUUCCAUUACAUUCAGUUUUUCAAUUUUGACGACGCUUGUCAACGAUUUGUAGCAAGCACUUUUUAGUAAAGCGAAAGGAAUAAUAAUAUUAAAAAAUGGAAAGUGCGGGGAAA